AAUGACUGGGAACAUUCAAAAUCGUGUGUGGUCGGAAUGGUCGAUUGCGUUGCAUCGAUGCCAGAGUACACGAUAUUUUGAUUUAUUUCGGGAGAUUUGUUGGAUGGAUUUCCAUGGGUGUAUAACAUUCAGCUGAAAGUUUGAGGCAAUGCUCUAAAGACAUGAAACAAGGAUGGCUGAGGACAAACCUGAUGAGGCUAGGACAACUUGACCAUUUCCCAAUUCGACCUGGGACAACUGAACUGAGAGUGAGACAACUUGACUGAUGCCAUGUGUGAUGCCGUCACUGAUGGGACAACUUGAACAUCUGUCGCUGUCUGUGCCUUAAAUGUACAAACAACUCAACUGUUCAUCAAUAGAAAUACCCUCAGAACUGUGGGGUCCAACGUCAGACCCCACAGUUCUGGGGAUACAAUAGAAACACCUGCACUUCACCAUGUUUACACCCUUUCUCUUAAUCAAAAAAGAGAAGGGAUUGGGGAACAGAUUUGUUGUCUCUCAUACUGGCAGACUAGCAGCUGGUCACUAGUGUGGCCGAGGUGCCUGUGUAUUGCGAAUGGUACUUAACACCACCGUGCAUAUCACAUUGCUGUCACACCAUGCUGGUUGGGUGGUUUGGCACCACCCACUAGUCCUAUGCAUGCUGCCUCACCAGGUCCCUGUGCAACACUGCAUGUCAUGCCCAGCAAGAUUUUGUUUGAGAAAUUUAGACAGACACAAUGCCAGAGGAAGACAUCCCUGUCCGUGUAGCUCUUCGCUGCCGACCUUUGAUUCCAAAAGAGAAAGCAGAAGGCUGCCAGAUGUGCCUGAAGUUCAUUCCCAAUGAGCCGCAAGUCGUUCUUGGCAAGGACAAGGCCUUUACCUAUGACUUUGCCUUCGGGCCAGAUACGAGACAAAACACUGUGUACAGGUCUGCUGUACUGCCCCUGGUGGAGGGCAUCUUCAAAGGUUACAAUGCCACAGUUCUGGCCUAUGGUCAGACUGGCUCAGGGAAGACCUACUCUAUGGGCAGCGGGUACAGCAUGACUGACCAAGAAACCAUGGGCAUCAUCCCCCGGGUCAUUGCUGAUCUCUUCAGUGGCAUCAACGACAGGGGUGAUACAGAGUUCCUUCUGAAGUGCACCUACUUAGAGAUUCACAAGGAAGACAUCAACGAUCUGUUAAACACCUCCUUGAAAAAGGAGACGCUUGCUGUGCGCGAGGACCCUGAAGGGGGAAUCAGGGUAUCUGGUCUACAAGAGGUGAUUGUCAAGUCGGCCUCUGAGCUGGAGCAGUGCCUUGAGCAGGGCUCAGUAGGUAGGACUACUGGCUCCACUGCCAUGAACGCCCAUUCCAGCCGCUCCCACGCCGUGUUCACCGUAGCCGUCGAGAUGAGGAAAAAGGAUGACAGCGACAACUACUGCCAUGCCAAGUUCCAUCUUGUGGACCUUGCGGGGUCAGAACGAGCCAAGAAGACCCAGGCUCAAGGAGAGAGGCUGAAAGAAGGAAUCAACAUCAAUCGAGGCCUUCUAGCACUGGGCAAUGUCAUCAGUGCAUUAGGUGAUGAAAAUGGUCGCAAGGGUCACAUACCAUACAGGGACUCCAAGUUAACCAGACUUCUCCAAGAUGCCCUCGGUGGCAACAGCCAAACCCUGAUGCUGGCCUGUGUCAGCCCUGCUGAUUCCAACAUGGAGGAGACACUCAACACACUGCGAUAUGCCGACCGGGCCAGACAGAUUAAGAACAAGCCCAUCAUCAACCGAGAUCCCCAGUCGGCAGAGCUGGCAAAACUCAGGCAACAGGUGCAGCAGUUGCAGGUGCAGCUGCUACAGAGCAAGUCUAUCCAUGGAGGUCCAUUGCCUGAUGGUCCUAUGGAAGGUGUUGCAGACUUGAAAACUCUUUUGGAUAGAAAUCACUCCCUUGAGGCCGCCAACCAGAAACUGACCAUUGAACUGCAGUCAGCAAUCGAACAGACAACACAGAUGUGUGAGAAGGCCAUUCUGGCCGAGAUGUCUCGAGACAAGCUGAAGCAGAAGCUGGAGCAGCUGAAGGAAGAGACAGACUUGAGUCUGGGGGCCCUGGAUCUGACAGUGGGAGCAGCUGACAAUGAGAAAGUGACAGAGCAGCUAGACCUGGUCCGCCAGCUGCAGAAGAAAAUUAUUGACAUGGAGACGGAGGACAAGCUGUCCAAUGCCGAGUCGCUGUACGGGAAUGAAGCUGAGAAAGAGAAUGUCAAAAAGGAGGGCGGUACCUGCAAGUCCCCCAACGUUUCUUCCCCAUCCAUCGACUUCACCGGUCACACCUUACGCCAGGCCCAGCUGGGCAGGGAACUGCAGGAGCUGAACAACGCCCUGGCCAUGAAACAGGAGCUGGCCCAGACCAUGGGCCAGAACGAUGAGAAGAUGCAGGUCAUGAAGAUACACUACGAGAGCAAUGUGCGAGAGUUGGAGAGUGAAAUAGCAGCACUACAGAAGGAACGAGAAAAUCUGUCAUCAGCGCUGUAUGCGGCAAAGUCCAACACUGCCAGCAACAAAGUGAGUGAGCAGCGUCGAGUCCGUCUCCAGGAACUGAGCACCGAGAUCAGCAAACUGAAGAAAAAACUUACUGAGCAGUCCAAACUACUCAAACUUAAGGAAAAGAGUGAUCAAACUGUACAGAAACUCAACAAGGAAAUUCAGUCUAUGAAGCAGGCACGAGUACGUCUGAUGAAGCAGAUGAAGGAGGAAGGGGACAAGUUCCGUCAGUGGAAGGCCGAGAAGGACAAGGAGGUCCUGCAACUCAAGGCCAAGGACAGGAAGAGACAGUGUGAGUUGAGCAAGAUGACACAGAGACAUGAGAAGCAGGAGAGCGUCUUGAGAAGAAAGAUGGAGGAGGCUGCGGCUGCCAAUAAACGCCUGAAGGAGGCCUUGGAGAAGCAGAAAGCUGUACAGAAGAAACGAUCAGAGGAAAAACCAGAGGAGAAGAAUAUGGUGGGAGUGGCCAAAAGAAUCAAGAGCUGGCUUGACCAUGAGUUGGAGGUGAUGGUGAGUGUGAAUGAGGCGAAGCGGCAUCUGGGCUCCCUCCUGAAUGACCGCAAGGUGCUGUCCCAACAACUGCACACACUCCAACAAGAGAAUGAAGAACCCCCACAAAAGAAAUUUGCCAGUCCAUCCAAGGCAGUUGACAUACACAACCAAGACACAGGCAAACGUAUUAAAAACUUACAAGAUGAACUGGAGCUGAGAAACGCACAAAUCAGCGACCUUCAACAGAAGAUCGUGGAUGCUGAUCAAGAUGAAAAAGGCAAAAAUCGUUGGAAUGAGAUCACAAGUAUGGUGGAGGCUAAGUGCGGACUGAAAUGGCUGCUGGAAACGUGUGUGGCUGCCAAGGUCAGCACCAGCGAGGUGCAGAGCCAGCUGAGCGACCUCAAAGACUCCCACCGCGAGACUCUAGCCGAGGUGGACCGGCUCCAGGACGAGAUCCUAGAGCUGAAGGCCAGCCAGGAGAAGCAGAUUACCCAGAUGCAGAGGACCCAUGAGGAUAAGGUGCUAUACCUCCUCACACAGCUUUCUCAGCUGAGAGAACAAACGGGAGCAGAAGCCCCCUCUGCUGACGGCGAGGACUUGCAGAAGAGGAUCAAGUUCCAGGAGGAUCAAAUCAGAGAGUUAAGCACCCUCCACGAGCGACUACAGGAAACAGCAAUGGAAAAUGAAGAGUUGCAUCAGCAACUGACAUUGGUCAGCUACUCUGGUCGUAAGCAGUCCCUGAUGCCAACCUUGGUAUCUCCUGGAUCUUCCCCUGAGGGAUCGCCGCUAAAGUUACCAAGGAAGAGACCCAUCAAACAGCGAUUCCCAGUUGAACGGUACACCCUAGAAGAAUACUUCGAAUCGGAAAGUGAAAUGGACACAACAGGGAAUGACUCGGACUGGCGCAUGACACCCCUGGUCAAGCGCAAACCCAGGGAGAGUGUAAACAAAAAGAGAUCUUUGGACAAAGUUGGGUGUGGUUGCCGGGGAUUCUGCAAGUCUCGGCUCUGCAGCUGCGUGAAGGGCGUUCAGGUUUGCUCGGAAAACUGCAGAUGCGACACAGCAAAAUGUGCCAACCGAGCUGAUGUGCAAAGAAAUGUCAAUGACACUGUCAGCACUACAGCCGGUAAUAGUGUACUGAUGAACACAACAGUGGUCCUCUCUGACAGCGAGCCUGAAUCCCAAAACACGACGGCUGUGGCAAACCCCAAGACUCAGGCCAAGCCUCCCCGCCAAGCGCUGUCGGAGCUCACCGCCAACAACACCUCAGCCAGCUCCAGCAGUGACGAGUUUGUGCUGAAGCCCACCCUCAAGCGCACCAAGCCACCCAAUGCCAACCUCCACCUGGGGAUAGCGAGAAAGAAGAAGGUCUCUAUUGAUGCAGAGGAGAAUAGCGGGGGCCUGAAGAGGAAAAGGAAGUUGCUCAGCACGUCCAGCACUGGCUCCUUCUUCAAGCCGCUGACUGACAGCUGACUCUUUGAAUCGCUCCUAUAUAUCACCAACGGCAACAGCAUGACUGAACCAUUAUAUAUUUUGGAGUAUAACUUUCAGAGAUGAACCUGCUUAAAGAUAGGAUUGUGUUUUGUAUUUGUAAAUGAGCAAGCUAUACACUAUUCUGUACACUGUAAUUGUUUGGAGAACUUAACACUGAAUUAUGAUCCACAAAAUAAUGCUCGGUGUAGUGUUUGUGAAAAUUGAAAACAUGUCGUAGCUACUCUUUGGAAUCCAAAUUAGAAAGCAGAAGGGUGAAAGGAAUAAUAUGUAACACAUUUGAAGAAGGCUGUGAGACUUGUGGUGGGCGGCAGGCUUUAAUAGCUGGGUAGAAGAUUUUGCAACUUGAUUUUUCAAGAAAAAAAAAUCUCUGACUGGUCAGUUGAUCUUCCAAAGUUUAAAGCAAAAUAGUGAAAAAAUUGCUGAGCUUUUUUGGCUCGGGAUUUUAUUUUGUAAAUAUAACACCUGCAAUUUUCCUCAUUUCCUGAAAGUCAGCGUACAAAUCAUUGUAGUGAUCCAUGAUUGCAAAAAUGAAAAAUGUGUAAAAUUAGAUUAUAGGCGAGAGUGUUUUUUAAGUUGGUGCUCAGAUCUGCAGACCUUCCUGAUUCAGAACUGGGAAAACAAAAUUUAUUUUGAGAAGUCUCGGAUCCACUGACUAACAAUUUACUGGUAUCAAUAUAAAAAGUUUUUUGGUUGUUUUUUCGGUCCUCCAAAAUUUUUUGGGAAAAAAUCAGAGCUCCAACUUAUAAAAAAACGCUCAUCUGAAAUAACAAAGUUUAGUGGAAUAAAAACUAGCACAGUGAUAAAAAAUACAAUUAUCUAGGAGGGUUAGGACCGCAAACCUCUUGGGAAGGUAGUGGGUUUUAAAUGAUCAGUGAGCGACACCAUCUGAGACCAUUUCAGGUAAACAUUUAUGUUGACAUAAAGUUGUUGUUUGCCUUGUAUAUUUUAAUAGAGUAUUGUUUCUCAAGUGUUUGGGGAAAAUUGAAGUCAUUUCUGUGGUCUCAUUAUUUCCUCACGCUUGGUUUGGUUUCAUUUGCCUGUCCUUGUGCACUUUUCAACUUAAAAAGCAACACUUGUAAUGUCUUCCAGCUACGGAGGUCUGAAGUGCCUUGGUCUCUGAUGGCCAAAUACAUGUACAUGUAUAUUGACUAACUGGACAAAGGAUGUUGAGAUCAAGACUGUGUUUUGUCUUUAGCUGCAAGCUUUAGGUUUAUAAAAUUGAAACCUGUCAUUUUUAGUGCAACUUCCUUAAUUUUCUAGAGAAUAUCAAACCAUUUCAUUUUAUGGGAAGAUUUGAGGAAUGAUUUUUAAGGGGUGUUUUUGUGUUUCAAACGAGAAUGUUUGGAUAUUUCUGGAUCCAAGACAAAGUUGAACUUGAGACAAAUGCGAGAUCUGGAUAAUGGUUCUGCAGUCCUUUCCAAUUCACAAGGGUGAAUGGGGAGGGGACAAAAACUAUGCCCCAGCCCCCCCCCCAAUUUUUGAAAAGUAAUGAAAGAAAGGCAAAAUGUUUCAUCUACAGAUGUAUUUCUCUUCCUUCAAAAAAGUGUGUGAAAAGCCUCCAAAUGUAACCCCCCCCCAGUUUUUGGCUCCCCAAAACGAGUUCUUCUUCCUUGAAAAUUUUGGUCUGGAUCCGCCUUUGGUAAUUCCACGAAUAGUGUUUGAUGUUUACGUAUAGAAAAUGGAAAACAAACAUUGCCGAUAACUUGCAUUUUAGCAAAGUUUGAAUAAUUAUUUAUGCCUGCAGUAUGAGUUUGAACACAGCAUUGGUAAAUUUGAAAAUGGAUGCUUAGAUGUAAAUUUUGGUGUUUCUGAAGGUGAGAAACUCACUGACCCAAUGUGUUUCCGCUUUGGCAACAAUAAAUUGCAGUAGUUUGCAUCUAACAUCCUUAA